AUGGACAAUCCACUUCAAAACUCCAACCGGUACCAGGACAUCACCCACGCUUCCGAGCCCGUCCAGCACUCCCCCACCGCCCCCGACGACCGCCAGGCCGCCCAGCUUCCCCCGCAGGGAUACCAGACCGACCCUUUCCGACCCUCCCUCUCCCACUCACGCUCCUACGACGAGCCCAUGUACGCUCAGUACAACGACGUGGCGGGCCACAAUGUCGGCUACGAGACCAACAACGACAGCGCCGUCUGGUCUGAGCCGGAUCAUGUCCCCGCCUACACCGACUCCAAGGUGCCCCUCGACCCCGAGGCGGGCGGCAUGAUCGUAAAGGAGAAGAAAAUCAAGGAGACCGAGAUUGUUUCUACUACUGCUGCUCGUCGCUGGUGGCUCCGCAUCACUUGGACCAUGACCUGGUGGAUACCGAGCUUCCUGUUGACCUAUGUCGGCAGGAUGAAGCGUGCCGACGUCAGGAUGGCGUGGAGAGAAAAGCUGGCGAUCUUUAUGAUGAUCAUUCUCUCUUGCUGUAUCGUCCUGUUCUACAUCAUCAUCUUCGGCAAGCUGCUGUGUCCGGAUAGCGACAAGGCGUGGAACGAGACCGAGCUCGCGACACACGCCGGCGACGACGACUACUAUGCCGCCAUUGCGGGCAAGGUAUAUGAUUUUACAAAGUUCUACUCUGGCCAACACUCCGACCUGACGUCCUACACCACCUCCUCCGACGUCAUGCUCGAAUUUGCCGGUCAAGACCUCACAAACUACUUUCCCAUGCCCCUGUCCGUCGCCUGCCCCGGCCUCGUCUCUUCCACCGACCUCGUCCUGAGGCGCGCCAACUUUACGCCCAUCUUAGACUAUGCCGUGCAUACGUCCGGCCCGGCGCAGACAGAUACCGAGACCAAGUUGACUGAUAUCAACUGGUACAAGGAUACGCUCGGGCCAAAGCUGGACAAGUACUACAAAGGGUACUAUGUGUACACGAAAAAUCAGGUAGCGGAUGGGGCGGAUUCAGACUCCAAGAGCUGGGCCAUCUACAAGAAGAAAGUCUACGACCUGUCCGACUAUCUCGAGACUGAGACCUACUACACUGGCCAAUCCAACUACUCUUUCCUGAACGACGAUAUCGCGUCCCUCUUUCAAUCUUCCUCUGGACAGGAUAUCACAAGUGAUCUGGAUGAGAUCCUGAGUGGACUCUCAUCUGACGAGCAGACGGCGCAGAUGACAUGUCUGGACAAUGCGUUCUACUAUGGCAAGCUGGAUUUCAGGACAGAGGCAAAGUGUACGGUGCAGAACUAUCUGUUGCUGGCAUUCUCCAUCAUCAUCAUGGCUACCAUCGCUUCCAAGUUCUUGGCCGCCCUCCAGCUCGGUUCCAAGAGAUACCCCGAACUACUCGACAAAUUCGUCAUCUGCCAAGUCCCCUGUUAUACCGAAGGCGAAGAAUCGCUCAAACGCACGAUCGACUCGCUCGCCGCGCUCAACUAUGACGACAAGCGAAAGUUGAUAUUCAUCAUGUGCGAUGGUAAUAUCGUGGGUAGUGGAAACAACAGGCCGACGCCGAGGAUUGUAUUGGAUUUGCUGGGAGUGGACGCCAAGGUUGAUCCGGAGCCUCUGCUUUGUAAAAGUAUUGGUGAAGGCAGUAAGCAGCUCAAUUAUGGUAAAGUGUACUCUGGGCUGUACGAAUUCGAGGGCCACGUCGUCCCCUACGUUGUCGUCGUCAAAGUCGGCAAACCAUCGGAAACUUCCAAGCCCGGUAACAGAGGCAAACGAGACUCCCAAGUCCUCCUCAUGCAAUACCUCAACCGCGUCCACUUCGAAGCCCCAAUGUCACCUCUCGAACUCGAAAUCUACCACCAAAUGCGCAAUGUCAUCGGCAUCGACCCGGCAUUCUACGAAUACAUCUUCCAGGUGGAUGCGGAUACGACGGUGACGCCAGAUUCGUUGAACCGCAUGAUCAGUUGUAUGUCGGAUGAUCAGAGAAUUAUUGGGCUGUGUGGAGAGACAAAGUUGGCGAAUGAGAACGAGAGUUUCACUACCAUGAUUCAGGUCUACGAGUACUACAUCUCCCACCAUCUCACCAAGGCCUUCGAAUCCCUCUUCGGAUCGGUCACUUGUCUUCCCGGUUGUUUCUCCGUCUACCGUCUCAGAACAGUCGAGGGCGGCCGACCCAUCAUCAUAUCUUCCGUCGUCAUCGACGAGUAUGCUGAGCCAAACGUCGACACCCUCCACAAAAAGAACCUCUUCUCCUUGGGUGAAGACCGAUACCUCACGACAAUCAUGAUGAAGCACUUCCCGACGUUCAAGAUGAAGUUUACGCCUGAUGCUAUCGCGCAUACUGUGGCGCCUAGUAGCUGGGCUGUGCUUCUUUCGCAGAGACGACGAUGGAUCAACUCUACGGUGCAUAACCUGGCUGAGCUGCUGUUCUUGCCUGAAAUGUGUGGAUUCUGUAUGUUCUCGAUGAGGUGGAUCGUCUUCUUGGAUCUCCUGGGUACAGUCAUCUUACCUGCCACCUGUGGCUAUUUGAUCUACCUUGUUAUCGUGGUCUCUACCGAUCAAGCCGCCCUCCCUACCAUCUCCCUCGCCAUGAUUGCCGCCACCUACGGUCUUCAAGCUAUCAUCUUUAUCCUCAAGCGAGAGUUUAUGCUCGUCGGAUGGAUGAUCGUGUACCUCUUGGCGUUCCCGAUCUAUUCGGUGCUUUUGCCGUUGUACUCGUUCUGGUCGAUGGACGACUUUAGUUGGGGUAACACUCGUAAGGUCAUCGGUGAAGGUAGCCAGAAGACGGUCGUCAUUGAGGACGACGAGCCUUUCAGCGAGAGUAUGAUUCCGUACAGAACUUUCCAGGAAUACGAGUACAACGCUUGGGAGACUGGAUCCAUCCGCUCGGCGCCCUCCGAAAAAUCCCGCCGAACGACUCAGACCAGCCGCUCAGCUGCCUCCCGCCUCCACCCCAAUCCCAUCGGCAACAACAACCGUGCCCCAUCAUUCCACUCCUCCACUUCCGACCUACCUCGCGGGGCUGACUAUUGGCGUGACUCUUCGCCUCUCGGCAAGGGACACGAGUCAAAACGGAUGCGCAAUUCGCCGAGCCAACAGUCUCUGGCAAUGGGAGGCGGCGCAGGCAAGGAUGGAAGAGGCAGAGUCCAGAGCAUGGCGGGUAUGUCCAUGUGGGGUCCUGCUUCGGUCUAUGACGCCCCUCAACAAGGCUUCAUGAACCCCAUGAUGACCGGCGGCUCAUUCCAUUCUCAAGGACCUCCGUCGUUCUAUCCUCCAGGCGCGAUGGGUCCAGGGUCGAUGUACGGAAGCCCGAUGAUGAUGCCCAUGGGAGGAGGUAUGGGCAUGGGAAUGGGAAUGCCGAUGGGCGCGCAACAUACCGGAGGAUCCAUGUCGAUGUCCCAGGGUAUGGGAGCGGGUGGGGCGCCGAGGAAUACGAUGAUGCCGUCGCAGUCGAGGAUGAGCUCUUUCACGCUUGGUGGGGGUGGUGAAAACGCUAACAAUCUGGCGGGAAUGAAGGUGAACGAGGCGAGCCUCGUCGGAGACGAAGAGGUCCUCGAGGUGUUGAGGGAAUGGCUGGGGAAACAGGAUCUGAUGAGCGUGACGAAGAGGCAGACCCGAGAUGCGACCUACGCGCUCUUCCCGAAUGCCGGACUUCAAGCUCGAGCAGGAUGGUUGAAUGAGCAGGUCGACAAGAUUCUGAGCGAGCUUUGA